AUGUCUCUUUCAUGGCUCCGACAGCAUGCGCGCCACCGAAAUCGCGGAACAAUUCGACUACGUUGCAGCAAGAAGCGCUUUACUGCACAGCGUGCUCAAAGCAACCUUGAUGGGAUUGAAACGUAUGUGCCACGGGUUACAUACGACAAUUCGUUCGUUGUUGACAGUAGCGUCACGUUUCAAGACGCAAAGUGGGUGAGCGAUGAUCAAUAUAUACGCCAAUAUCACCGUCUUGGCUGGGAGGUGGUACCAAUACGCAAAGACGGUAAUUGUCUCUUUAGAGCACUAAGCAAUCAGCUUUAUGGUCAUGAACGUCGUCACUUGGAACUACGUCGUCGUCUAGUUGACUUUAUUGACCUCAAACGUGCCUUUUUCGAGCCGUUUGUGACAAAAGAGGGAGUCGUCAAGUAUUGUGCACGACUCCGUGAAGCAGGAGCAUCAGGUGGUCAUCUAGAACUUAUUGCAGCAUCUAAAUUAUUGGGUAUCAAAAUUAUUGUACAUACUGGUCCCGUCAUGCGCCUUCAAUUUGACUGUGAUGAAUCUGCGGAAGGACGAGAAGGGAAGGGCCAGACAGUCAAUUUAUUACUCAGACAUGACCACUACAGUAGUCUUCGUAAGAAAGAGAGUUCACACGAACAAUUACAUGGAUGCUCUGAAACGUGUCUAUGUAAAAGAAUUGUUAUGCCGUCUCGAGCUUCGCUUGAAGCUCGUGCGUCUUUGAAUGAAUGUCCGUCGAAUCACGGCUUGAUCUCUAGCAAUCGUAAUCUGGACAUGACUCAACGAAAUUCGGUGAAAGGGCGACCACCUGACAUUGCUGCAGUACAGCGUGGUCGACUUAAAGGGGCGUACGGUCGCAAACCUGUACCAGACGCUCCCAACAGCAGUAGCAGCAGCUUAAAAUCACAGCAAUCAGAAAUUCUUAUCAAACCAAAGUCACGUCCACCACCUCCACAAAAUACCAAGCCUCCGGCUCCAGAACCACCAUCUUCACUUGUAGCAGUUGAGCCAACGCCAUUGCCUACUCCAUCAGCUCAAGCAAAGAGUCAAGCACCGAUAAAAGCAGCAAAACAAAAGAUUGCUUUAUCAUCGUCCCGCUCAGCUCCACGUAUACUGCAGAAAAGCCCUGGUGUGGUGCUAUUUCAGCCAGAAUCUCUUAAAUCCACUGUAGAAGUGAAAACUCCGUUAGUGGUACUUUUCGAACCUGAUCAGUCCUCAUCUAAACUCGCUUCAUCAAAGAAAUUGACUGCGACGCCGGAGAAUUUUACAGCUAUAGCGGCAAAAGAGAACAAAGCAGGGAUAAUCUCGAGGAGACACGAUACUGUAUCACCCAAUACUAUCCGUCGACCGCGCCGUGCGGUAUUUAAUGGUGGCAAACGUCGCCGUUCCAGUGUGGCUGCGCUUACAUUGCGCCAAGAGGUGUCAGUGAGUUUAAGUGUCAGCGCUACUGAAGUCACAACUGAGCCCUAUAUUAAGCCGGUGGAUGCAGUGGUCGAGCCGGUCGUUGCAUCGGUCGAGCCUGAGUCUGAGGUGUCGAUAAUAAAUCAUAUCAAGGCAGCUAAGCCAACCAUCCCCACAGCGCACGUGGUAAUCAAAAAGUCGAGUAAGAAGGUGUUUCGUCAAGGACGCCCUGUACCCGCUGCGUGUUAG